AUGGAAACGAGAUCGGGGCGUCGCCGCUCGCCUCCACCGCCACCGCCGCCGCAUGUAGCUCACCGCCGCCGUAGUCCACAAGAUGCCGACCUCAUCAGCGACCUCCCCGACGAUGUCCUCCUCCUGGUGCUGGUGCGCCUGCGCUGCGUCCGUGCCGCCGCGCGCACCGGGCUCCUCUCGCGCCGGUGGCGCGGCCUCUGGACCUGCCUCCCGGAUCUCACCUUCCGUGGCGUCCCGCCCGCCACCGUUGAAUCGGCGCUCGCCAGUUUCGCUGCUUCGCCGACAUUGCCCCUCCUCGACAUCUGCAUCCGGGUGGGACAUACAGCUGCCCAAGCCAGCUCGUUGCUGCGCGCCGCCGCUGUACUCUCUCCGGCGGAGCUAUUCUUCGACUUCCCGGGGUCUAGUAAGGUAGUUCUGAGCCAGAUGGACCGCAUCGAGCUGCCGUGCUUCGACCGCACCAUAUUGAUCAAGCUGGAGACCUGGUUCUGCGUCAUGCCGCCGCCGGCCGGCGAGUUCACUGCGCUGGAGAGGCUGUCCCUCAAAGCCUGCAUCCUGAACCUUGGCACCUUUACGCCACAGUCAGCUGGCGAGUUCCCCGCGCUCAAGACGCUGGCCCUUGACGGCGACAUUGUUGACCUUGGCACCUUCCUGAACCGCUGCCCACGAUUGCACAACAUCACGAGGCUCUCCUGGCAAGAGCUCGUCUUCACUCACCUAAUUGACACACUAUAUGACCAGAAGUAUAGGAAUGUCAACCUGCCCUGUUUUCCCCAUGCCGUCUCGAUCAAGAUUAAACUGUAUCAAAUCUGCUUCACACGGCUUCUUGGUGGCAAGUUCUCCAAGCUCGACAGUAUGAUCCUUAAAGGAUGCAUCAUCCACGACCUUAGCACCUUGGUUUCCCUCUGCCCAUGCCUUCGUGUGCUGAAGGUGAAGGCAGGUAUGUCCAAAUGUGAGAUCACGAUCCAUUCAACAUCGCUGCAGGAGAUUGUCCUGUAUUACUAUACGGAAUGCCGUGGCGUUGACAUUGUGACUCCCAUGCUUAAGCAAUUGACAAUGGAUUUUGAGGCUGACAAAGACAUCAAUGUGUUCAUAUCGGCACCAAUGCUGGAGAGUGUCUCGUUGGAACGCUCUUAUAUAGGUUUGCCCAUUGUGUUUGAUUUUUGGCACCUUCACUCUCUGAGCUUAGAUAGACAGGGGUUGGUCAGAAACAACCAUGUCCUCUAUGUUUCCAUGUAUGCCUUGAAUUCCUCGAGUGUAGAACUGGACUUUGCCCAAGAAAUAGAGAAAAUUCUGAUUACCGACUUCUCUGUAUUGGACCUAAGCCUCGAGGCAAAGGGGCACGUGUAUGGGGCAACUUUGUUGCGUCUCUUUAGCGUGCCCCGGGUUCAUACUGGUUUGAAAUUGCUGAAGGUCAUCCUACUGAGAUUGAGGAAGUCCGAGGUGGUACAAUCAUGCCCAGGGAAUUGUCAAUGUGAUUCUCCCAAAAAUUGGAGAAGCCAAAGUAUCUCCAUGGUUCAUCUAGAAGAAGUGGAAAUCAAAGGCCUAAAAGGAGAAGAUCAUGACUUUGAUGUCUUGAAAUUGAUUCUUAGAUGUGCACCGUCUCUUAAAAGGAUGACCGUGGAACUGGAAACUGGGAUUAAAUCACAUGGCCACGGAGAUUGCACCAAGGAAAUCAACAGCAUCUCACUGGAGUAUCCUUCCGUGGAUUUUCAUGUUUAUCUCCAAGGAAAUCAACAGCAUGCGUUUUCAUCACGCUCCUAG